AUGCUGAACCAGUUCCUGAGCGCCACUGAAGAAGGCAGUACGACUGGGUUUGAAGUUGUGCAGAUGGACUGUGGCGGUAUGCAUAGCAUCGCGCUCACACGGGACAACCAGAUUGUGACUUGGGGAGUGAAUGACAACGGCGCACUCGGACGCGAAACAACCUGGGAGGCUCCGAUGAAAGAUGCCACGGCAGACGACAGCGACGACGAGGCAAUGCUGAAUCCCCGCGAGAGCACCCCGACGGCAGUGUCUGCAGAAGCCUUCCCGCCGGGAACUACCUUUGUGCAGGUGGCAGCGGGCGACAGCAGCAGCUUUGCGCUGACGAGCACCGGAGCAGUCUACGGCUGGGGCACGUUUCGUACGCCAGACGGAAAGGAGGUGUUCUCACGGGAACCGAAUCCAGGCCGCAGCAGAAACCGGGGCGGUGGCAGUAGCUACGUCCAAAGGCAGCCUACUCCGACAGUCAUCGCUGGCCUCUCCAGCAUCACGCAGCUUGCCGUAGGCGCGAAUCACGCGCUUGCUCUCGACAGCCGCGGCCGUGUCUGGGCAUGGGGCUGUGGCGAUGGGCACCAACUGGGCAUCCGUAUGCUAGACCGAAACUGUUUGCGUGAUGCCGCCGAAGGGCGCCUCCUGCAUGUCGCUCUCGAGCCACGUUGUGUCGGGUUUCCCGGUGGCGUUCGUGUUCGGUACAUUGCGUCGGGCGAGUAUCACGCUCUUGCCGUCGACACUCAAGACCGUGUCUGGGGCUGGGGCCUCGAGUGGGGUUCGGCGAAACAGGUGCCGACCCGACGGGCACAGUGUCAGAUCGCAGCGUGA